CGCAUUUAAUUGACCGUUCCCUUGUGCCUCUGCCUUUCUUCAGGGGACUCUUUCCUUCUUCAAUCAACUCUCUGCACAUGGACCUCCAAUACCUAAUCGUAGACUGACUCCCUUUCUUUUUUUCCUUUUUUUUUUUUUUUUUUUUAAUACAGAAUCUUAAACCAUCUCCCGGUUUAUACUUUUCUAGUUAAGCUGAUCAUGUUAACCAUUCUUCUCAAAUUUUCUGAAAACCUUCUCUUAUUUUUCUGUUUCUAAAUGAGUUGACCACAACUCCUCAGCUCGUCAUUUCUAUUUUCUGAGUCUUUGAAAUACAUAAAGCCUCUGUAAGUACUAAAUAGAUUGAAGAGCUCAUCCAUCUUACAAAUUAUGAAUUCAAAGGUGGGAAAGAUGACGAUAAUGGAUCCUCCAAGAUUUCUUCUCUUCCUUUAUCCCUUCCUCACACUUCACCUUCUUGCCGUAACAGUCCUUGCUCAGCCAGACUUCCUCUACCACUUCUGCAUAGAGGGUGUUGGUAACUACACAGGUAAUAGCACCUACAAGGAAAACCUCAACACCCUCCUCUCUUCUCUCCCCUCAGACAACGCAAUCGACUACGGCUUUUAUAAUUUCUCCGCCGGCCAAAACUCUGAAAGAGUCAACGCAAUUGGGCUUUGCAGAGGAGACGUUACACCAGAUGCUUGCCGGAGUUGUCUCAAUGACUCCAGGCUUCAACUCACUGAGCUCUGUCCCAAUCAGAAGGAGGCAAUAGGAUGGUACGAUAAUUGUAUGUUACGAUACUCGAAUCGCACCAUAUUCAGCACCGAGGAAGAUUCGCCUGCCUUCUCUAUGUACAAUGUGAAUAACGUCUCCAAUGGAGAUGAGUUCAAUGAAGCCCUGGGGAACUUGUUCGCCAGCCUUAAAAGCAAAGCUGCUUCGGGUGAUUCGCGUUAUAAAUUUGCAACAGGAGAAGUGAAUUUGUCGAGUUUUCAGAACAUAUAUGCCCUGGUGCAGUGCACCCCUGAUUUAUCCCAGUUGUCCUGCAGCAACUGCAUAGAGGGGGCUAUUAAUGGUAUUCCGGGUUGUUGUGAUAGAAAGCAAGGAGGAAGAGUUGUGAAACCCAGUUGCAACAUUAGGUUCGAGUUGUACCGUUUCUAUGACUUCACUGCGGCUAAUGCUCCUCCACCACCACCAGCAACGCCACCGCCUUCUCCUCCCACUAAUGUCAGUACUCCUCCACCUCCAUCCAAUACCACGUCUACAAAAGGAAAGAACAGCAACACCUCCCGGACGGUGGUCCUAAUAGUUGUCCCCUCAGCUGUUAUUUCUGUAAUGCUCAUUACCUUCAUCUGCUGCCUUUUAAAAAGGAGGCGAACAAGGGAAAGUGUUGGAACUCAAGAUGAGGAUGAAAUUGGAAAUACGGAAUCCUUGCAAUUUGACUUUGCCACUAUUAGAGUUGCAACAAAUAACUUCUCUGAUGCUAAUAAGCUUGGACAAGGUGGAUUUGGCCCUGUUUAUAAGGGUCACCUUUCCAAUGGACAAGAAAUUGCUGUGAAGAGGUUGUCAAGCGGCUCGGGACAAGGAGAACUAGAAUUCAAGAAUGAGGUGAUAUUAGUGGCCAAGCUUCAACACAGAAAUUUGGUUAGGCUCUUGGGUUUUUGCUUGGAAGGAAUAGAAAGGCUUCUUAUCUAUGAGUUUGUGCCUAAGACUAGCCUUGAUAACUUCAUCUUUGAUCCAAUCAAACGUGCGCAAUUAGAUUGGGACAGGCGCUACAAAAUCAUAGGAGGCAUUGCUCGAGGACUUCUCUACCUUCAUGAAGAUUCUAGACUUCGGAUCAUUCAUCGUGAUCUCAAAGCAAGCAACAUUCUCUUGGAUACAGAAAUGAACCCUAAAAUUUCAGAUUUUGGCAUGGCAAGAUUAUUUGUAGUAGAUCAAACCCAAGGCAAUACCAGUAGAAUUGUAGGAACCUAUGGCUAUAUGGCUCCUGAAUAUGCCAUGCAUGGACACUUUUCAGUUAAGACAGAUGUUUAUAGCUUUGGUGUUCUAGUUCUGGAAAUUGUGAGCGGCCAAAGGAACAAUUGUAUCCAUAUCGGCGAGAAUGUUGAGGAUCUCCUGAGCUAUGCCUGGAAAAAUUGGAGGGAGGGGAAAGCAACUAAUGUGAUGGAUCCAACAAUGGGGAUUGGCUCAACAAGUGAAAUAAUGAGAUGCAUCCACAUUGGGCUCCUAUGCGUGCAAGAAAAUGAAGCUGACAGACCAACCAUGGCUUCUAUUGUUCUCAUGCUUAAUAGCUACUCUUUGAGUCUCCCACUACCUUCACAACCUGCAUUCUUUAUGAAUAGUGGCAUGAAUGGGGACUUGCCUCUUGAACUAGAGGAUAAUUCAAGCGUGACCAAGUCAGAUCAUUCUCAAAGUAAAUCUGCCAAGUUUUCAGCAAAUGAGGCUUCAAUCACCGAUCUGUAUCCUCGAUGUCAUGUAUCUUCUUCCUCUCUCCUUCCUUUUCCUUCAAAAAGCCUUACAGAGAGCCAAGCUGAGAAACGAAUGGAGUCUCCAAGAUUACUUUUCUUCCUUUAUCCCAUUCUCAUACUUCACCUUCUUGCUGUCACCAAUGCUCAGCCAAGGUUUCUCUCCUAUUGGUGUUCAAACGGUGUUGGUAAUUAUACCAAUAACAGCACCUACAAGGCAAACCUCAACACUCUCCUCACCUCCCUCUCUUCGAACAACGAAAUAGAUUAUGGCUUCUACAAUUUCUCCGCAGGCCAAAACUCGGACAAAGUCAACGCAAUCGCGCUUUGCAGAGGAGACGUAAUGCCAACCGCGUGCCGGAGUUGUAUCAAUGACUCUAGGAUUCAACUCACUCAGCUCUGUCCCAACCAGAAGGAGGCAAUAGGAUGGUACGAUAAUUGUAUGCUGCGAUACUCCAAUGACUCCAUAUUUGGAACACAACAAAGUUCGCCUUAUUUUUACAUGAGGAAUAGUAAAAACGCCUCCAAUGUGGAAGAAUUCAAUCAGGUUCUGGGAAACAUGAUGGCCAGCCUCCGAAGCAAAGCUGCGUCUGGUGAUUGGCGUCGCAAGUUCGCAACUGGAGAAGCAAAUGUUACGAGUUUCCAAAGCAUAUAUGGGCUUAUGCAGUGCACUCCUGAUUUGUCUGAGUUGUCUUGCAGUAAUUGCUUAGAGGGCGCUACCAAUGAAAUUCCAACAUGUUGUGAUAGCAGAAAAGGAGGGAGAGUUGUUAAACCCAGCUGUAAUUUGAGAUACGAAACAUACCGUUUCUAUGAUUUUACAGCAGCUAACGCGCCGCCACCUUCUCCUCCCUCAGCUGAUCUCUCUCCACCGCCUUUAGCUAAUACCACCUCUACACAAGAAACAAGGAGUAACUCAUCCCGAACCAUCAUCCUCAUAAUCGUCCCAUCCGUAAUUAUUUUAAUCAUAAUCCUUGUUGGCUUCAUCUGUUUCUUUUCCAGAAAAAGGAGCUCAAUGGAGAAGCUUGAGACUCAUGAUGAGGAUGAAAUUACAAAUGUUGAAUCCUUGCACUUCGACUUUGACACAAUUAGAGUUGCUACAAAUAACUUCUCCGAUUCUAAUAAGCUAGGACAAGGUGGAUUUGGCCCUGUUUAUAAGGGUAGGCUUUCUAAUGGACAAUACGUUGCUGUGAAGAGAUUGUCUAGUGGUUCAGCACAAGGAGAAUUGGAAUUCAAGAACGAGGCUGUAUUAGUGGCCAAGCUUCAACACAGGAAUUUGGUUAGGCUCCUGGGUUUUUGUUUGGAUGGAGCCGAAAGACUUCUUAUCUAUGAGUUUGUGCCUAAUACAAGUCUCGAUCACUUCAUCUUCGAUCUAAUUAGACGUGCACAAUUGGAUUGGGAAAGGCGUUACAAAAUCAUAGGAGGCAUUGCUCGAGGGCUUCUAUACCUUCAUGAAGAUUCUCGACUUCGCAUUAUUCAUCGUGAUCUUAAAGCUAGCAACAUUCUCUUAGAUGCAGAAAUGAACCCUAAAAUUUCUGAUUUUGGUAUGGCGAGGUUAUUCUUAGUGGAUCAAACUCAAGGCAACACUAAUAGAAUUGUGGGAACCUAUGGAUAUAUGGCUCCUGAAUAUGCCAUGCAUGGACACUUCUCUGUUAAGACAGAUGUUUAUAGCUUUGGCGUGUUAGUUUUGGAACUUGUGAGUGGUCAAAGGAAUAACUGUUUUCGUGUCAGUGAAAACAUUGAGGAUCUCCUAAGCUAUGCCUGGAAAAAUUGGAGGGAAGGGACAACCACCAACUUGAUAGAUUCGACAAUGAGGAUCAGUUCAAUAAGUGAAAUAAUGAGAUGCAUCCACAUUGGGCUCUUGUGCGUUCAAGAAAACGAAGCUGACAGACCGACCAUGGCUUCUAUUGUUCUCAUGCUUAACAGUUACUCUCUAAGUCUCCCAGUACCUUCACACCCUGCAUUUUUUAUGAAUACUAGCAUGAAUCGGGACAUGUCUUUAGAAUUGGAGGAUAAUUCAAGGGUGGCCCAGUCGAAUUAUUUGCCGAGUAGAUCAUCCCAUUUUUCAGUGAAUGAGGCUUCAAUCACUGAUCCAUAUCCUCGAUAAGGUGCCAAUAGAUGUUGACAACAGUCAAAAGCAUGUGUAUUACGUACAAUUUUUGUAGCAUUGUUUCAACUCCAAAUACUGUUUCCCUAUUUGGUGCUAAAAAUAAAAGAUGCCACAUGGAGUCAUCAUAAUGAAUUAGUUUUGUUUUCAGUUCUUUUAUUUUGAAUCUUGUUUAUGUUUAUCAUGUACAAUUCAUGAAUUCAGAGGAUUUUACCGUUAAAAUGUUUGAAUAUCAAUGACUUGUUAUUUAUAGAAUAUAGGGGUUAUUUA